AAAUAAAAGGAGGACACUUUGUCUCGAACCCGGGGAAUCCCCCUCUUUGGCUGUCCAUCGUUGCGCUGCCAAAGAAGGGAAGCCGAGUUCGCAGCGGUUUUUCACUUCGAUCGCGGCAACGGCGGCGGCGCAGACGAAAAGGCAAAGGGGGAGCUGACUAGCUGAGGAUCCGCGCUGAGUCCUUCUUGAUCUGUGGGGUCGACACUCUAGUGUCGCGUCCCAGCCCUUCCGUUCCUUCCACAACCUCAUCAAGGCAUGGAGCCGGGAGCCAAAUCAGAAGCGAAGCAAGGUGAGGCGGGAUCCGGCGCGGUGGGAGGCAGCGGCGGCAGCAGCAGCAAGGUGUAUCACGAGAGACAGAGGCUGCAGUUCUGCCUGCUCCACGCCCUCAACAACCUGAUGCAGGAAAAGGAAUGUUUCACCCGAGCUGAGUUGGACAGGAUUGCUGGAAAUCUUGUUCUUAGUGAUCCAAACAAGGACCAAUGGACUCCUCUAUCUUUCAUUUUUAGACCUCACCAUAAUGUGCUAACUGGGAACUAUGAUGUGAAUGUUCUCAUCACGGCAUUAGAAGCUAGAAAGAAGAAGGUGGUUUGGCAUGAUCGUCGAAAAGGGGCAUCAUCAAUCGAUAUGGAUGGAGAAGCGUUGGUAGGUCUUAUGAUCAAUGUGCCUAUCAGGAGGUUCAGAGGCCUCUGGACUGGCAGGCAUUGGGUAGCGAUUCGAAGCAUUGAUGGUGUCUGGUUUAAUUUGGAUAGUGAUCUUUCUGAACCUAAGCAGUUUAAGGACAAAGAAAAUGUGAUUGCAUUCCUUGACAGCUCACUCAGUCAAGGUGGAGAACUCAUGGUUGUGCUGCAAGAUGAAUAACCGUACUGCCCGGAAUCUCAAAAGGCUACUGAAUUAGCCUAUGUGACUAGCCCAUAUUUCUGAAUUGCGAUCACGAUGAGAUCGCAGGCAUCUGCAGCAGAAAUUACAUUAAACCUUGAAGUUUAAUAACAGAGCAUAAUGGACAGAUCAGUAAAUGGAAGCUUCAAUGUGCUAAAAAUACACUUGUUUCUGCUGUUGGCAUGGGACCUCUGUUUAAUUGUUGUGUCCGUCUCUGUCAUACCGGAUUGCCAACCAGGUAUUUGAAGUAGGCAAAACAUAAGGUCGCUAAAUGAUGGAAAGAGACAACUUCGGUUCUCAGCAAGAACAUGUUACUAUGGAGUUCUGCAGAGCUUAACUGGAGAAUGGAGUAUCUGCUGCUGUUGUAGAUAUAUAUGCUGUCGAGAACCAAAGUUGUCCUCGCAUGCUCAGAAUUUGUCAAUCCGCUUUGUAAGGAUAUGUACAUUACACAGUAACUAUUUAAUAGUUGAUACCCAUGGCAAGCA